AUGUCUGGCAGAGCCUCAUUCGCCUUCACUAUGAGGGGAAUCGUAUUUUUACUAGCGCUCACCCUUGUAGGUAGCCAGAAGUUUGACUUUGACCCUGGAUUCAGUAGUAGGAAGAGCUACUUGUACAGUUAUGAAGGCUGGGUGUUGAAUGGGCUUCAAGAAAAGAAUUUAGCCAAAGCUGGCGUACGCCUGAGCAGCAAAGUAGAGAUCAGUGGGCUAUCAGAAAACACUUACCUCCUCAAGAUCCGCCCUCCACAAUUUGAGGAAUACAAUGGCAUCUGGCCCAGAGACUCGUUCACUCGAUCUUCCAAAAUCACCCAGAUGGUUUCCUCAUGCUUUACCCAGCCCUUCAAGUUUGAAUACAAUAGUGGACGGGUUGGAAACAUUUAUGGCCCGGAAGACUGUCCCAAUACUUGCAUUAACAUAGUGAGAGGAAUACUGAACAUGAUACAGAUAACCAUUAAAAAGUCACAGAAUGUGUAUGAAUUGCAAGAGGCUGGAAUUGGAGGUGUUUGCCAUACAAGGUACAUCAUCCAGGAAGACAGGAAGAACAGCCGGGUCUCUGUUACCAAAACCAUAGACCAAAAUAACUGCCAGGAAAAAGUGGUGAAGAGUGUUGGAAUGGCUUACAUCUAUCCUUGUCCUGUUGACAUGAUGAAAGAAAGGCUCGUAAAAGGGACUGCAGCUUUCUCCUACAAACUGAAGCAGUCAGACAGUGGUACCCUGAUCACGGAGGUGGUGUCUCAGCAGGUGUAUCAGUUCUCACCACUCAGUGAACCUACUGGUGUUGCUGUCAUGGAAGCAAGACAACAACUCACCUUGCUUGAAGUGAGAAGUGAACGGGGCAGCUCCCCGGACCUUUCCAUGCAGAGCUAUGGAGGCCUGCGUUACCAGUUCCCAGCAGAAUUGCCACAGAUGCCAUUGCAGCUAAUCAAGAUGAAAAACCCUGAGCAACGGAUAGUUGAAAUACUGCAACACAUAGUCCUGAAUAACCAACAAGAUUUCCAUGAUGAUCUUCCAUACCGAUUCCUGGAACUUGUCCAGCUCUGCCGGAUAGCAAGUGCUAACGUGCUGGAGUCCACCUGGAGACAAUGUUCAGAUAAACCCCGCUAUAGGCGAUGGCUGCUGAGUGCAGUUUCUGCAACAGGCACCACAGAAGCACUCAAAUUCAUUAAGAGCAGAAUCCGCAAUGAUGACCUUAACCACCUUCAAGCUCUUCUAAGUGUUUCCUUUGCUCUCCAUUUAACCAAAGCUGAUGAACACACUGUUCCAAUAGCAGCAGAUUUAGUGACCAGUUCUCGAAUCCAGAAAAGUCCCCUACUUCAACAAGUUGCUAGCUUGGCAUACAGUUCUGUGGUCAAUAGAUACUGUUCUCAGACCUCAGCUUGUCCUAAAGAAGCUCUCCAGCCCAUCCACGACCUGGCAGAUGAAGCGAUCAGCAGGGGCCGUGAAGACAAAAUGAAAUUAGCUCUGAAGUGCAUUGGCAACAUGGGAGAUCCAGCCAGCAUCAAGCGCAUCCUGAAGUUCCUUCCCAUAUUUUCAUCCAGUGCUCCUGAUAUCCCCAUCCACAUUCAGAUUGAUGCCAUAAUGGCCUUGAGAAAAAUAGCUUGGAAAGACUCCAAAACUGUGCAGGGAUAUCUCAUCCAGAUCCUUGCAGAUCAGUCGCUUCCCCCUGAGGUGCGCAUGAUGGCUUGUGCCGUUAUCUUUGAGACAAGACCUGCCCUUCCUUUGAUAACAACGAUAGCCAAUGUGGUGAUGAAGGAGAGCAAUUUGCAAGUGGCAAGUUUCGUGUAUGCCCACAUGAAGGCUUUGGCAAAAAGCAGGUUGCCGUACACGUACAACAUAUCUUCAGCUUGCAAUAUCGCCCUUAAGAUGCUGGCCCCCAGAUUGGACAGGCUGAGCUAUCGGUAUAGCAAGGUGAUACGUGUUGGUGCUUACUUCGAUAACUAUAAAGUUGGUGCUGCUGGAGACAUCUUUAUUAUGAACAGCCCAGGAACAAUGUUCCCAUCAGCAAUAAUUUCCAAGCUGAUGGCAUAUUCUGCAGGGUCAGUGGCUGAUUUGGCAGAGGCUGGUGUCCGUGUGGAAGGCCUCACAGAUGUCAUCAUGAAACGAAAUAUCCCAUUUGCUGAAUAUCCCACAUACAAAAAGAUAAAGGAGAUUGGAAAAGCUCUGUUGGGAUGGAAGGAGCUGCCAACAGAAACUCCCUUGAUAUCAGCCUACUUGAAACUCUUUGGCCAAGAGCUGGCCUACAUCAACAUCAAUAAGGAAGUCCUACAACAGGCUGUGAAGACUGUGCUAGAACCUGCUGACAGGAACACAGUGCUGAAGAGACUCAUUAGCCAAAUCCACAGUGGCAUUGCAGGACAAUGGACACAACCAGUGUGGCUGGGAGAGCUGCGAUACAUCGUGUCUACCUGCACCGGUCUGCCACUGGAGUACGGAUCAUACACGGCUGCUCUGGCCCGGGCAGCAGUCAGCAUUGAUGGAAAGAUAACCCCCCCUUUAACUGGAGAUUUUAGACCUUCACAGUUGCUUGAAUCCACUGUGCAGAUUCGAUCUGACAUAAACCCAAGCUUGUAUGUACAGACAGUUGCAACAAUGGGUGUCAACACAGAAUACUUCCAACAUGCUGUUGAAAUUCAAGGCAAGGUCCUGACAAGAGUGCCAAUGAAGUUUGACACCAAGAUAGAUAUGAAACUGAAAAAUAUUAAGAUUGAAACAGAUCCAUGUCAUGAGGAAACUGAAAUAGUGGUUGGAAGACAUAAAGCUUUUGCUGUAUCAAGAAAUAUAGGAGAACUAGGUGUUGAAAAGAGAACCUCAAUUCUCCCAGGGGAUGCUUCAUUAAAUAUUGUGGAAGAACCUUUCAAACCAUCAGAGAGAGCUUCCAGUGAAGGUUUCACAAAGCAAGAAGCCGACAGCAUGGCAAGGAAACAUGCUGAUAGCUCUCAAGAGGAUCUUCGCCAUGUCACAGGAAGAAAAACCCAUAAACGAGACAUUUGUGUCAAAAUGCAUCACCUUGGUUGUCAGCUCUGCUUUUCCAGAAGGUCACGAGAUGCCAGUUUCCUAAAAAAUACAUAUUUGCACAGAUUAAUUGGAGAACACGAAGCUAAAAUAGUCUUGAUCCCAGUUGAAACAGAUGCUGAUAUUGACAAAAUUCAGCUGGAGAUUCAAGCAGGAUCCCGAGUGGCUUCCAAAAUAAUUCAAGAGGUAAACUCAGAGUCUAAGGAAGAAGAUGAACCAUCUCUAUAUAAGGACAUUCAAGCUAAACUGAAGAAAAUUCUAGGCAUUGAAAAUGUGUUCAAGGUUGCAAAUAAAACACGACACCAGAAGAAGAGACCUUCAAAGAAAGAAAACGUUGUGCUAAGAGAGCUUGGGACAGACCCUGAUGCAAAACGUCCCUUCAGCUCAUCUUCUGCCUCCUCAGCUGCCUCCUCUUCCUCAUCAUCUGCCGUUUCUCCUGAUCAUAAAAAGGCUGUGGAUGAAGAUGAGAAUGAUCAAGAAAAGCAAGAUACAAGCAGCAAGAGCAGCAGUAGUGGUAGAAUUAGCAAGAGCAGCAGCAGCAAGAGCAGCAGCAGCAGCNNNAGCAGCAGGAGCAGUAGCAGCAGGAGCAGUAGCAGCAGCAGUAGCAGCAGGAGCAGCAAGAGCAGCAGUAGCAGCAGUCAUCAUAGCCAUGGGCAUCACUCAAGGCAUCUGAAUGGCAGCAGUAGCAGCAGUGAGUCAUUGAGCCGCUAUAGCCAUGAGUAUCAUUCAGGACAUUGGGAUGGCGACAGCAGCAGCAUAUAUUCCAAAAUAUGGGAAGUUCAUGAGAUUUACCAGUACCGCUUUAAAUCAGCACAUAGACAAGAGUUCCCAAAAACAGAACUCCCAACUGACCGACUUAGCAGCUCGUACUCUUCUACCAGAUCCAGUCGUGCCUCAUCUAGACCUGCUUCCCGGCCUAAGUUUUUGGGAGAUGUUAAAACACCAGUAUUAGCUGUUUUUCUUCAUGGCAUCCAUAACGAUAAGAAGAUAGGAGGCCUCCAGCUCGUGAUAUAUGCUGUUAUUGACUCCAUCAGGCCCCAGAUGCAGGUAUUUGUGUCAAACCUCACAGAUUCAAGCAAGUGGAAGCUCUGUGCUGAUGCUUCAGUCCUCAAUGCUCACAAGGCAGUGGCUUACUUGAAAUGGGGAGAGAAUUGCCAGGACUACAAGAUUUCAACUGAGCUGGUGACUGGCCGGUUUGCUGCCCACCCUGCUGUACAAGUGAAACUUGAGUGGCCUAAAGUUCCUUCCAGUGUGAGAUCCAUAGCUGAAUGGUUUUACAAGUUCAUCCCUGGGGCUGCACUUAUGCUGGGGUUCUCUGAAAAAACAGACAAGAAUCCUUCUCGACAAGCCAGAGUGAUCGUGGCUCUAACUUCUCCAAGGACAUGUGAUGUUGUUAUCAAGCUUCCUGAUAUUAUCCUCUAUGAAAAAGCCAUGAGGCUUCCCCUGUCACUUCCUGUAGGUCCGAGGAUACCAGCCUCAGAGCUGCAGCCUCCCAUCUGGAAUGUCUUUGCUGAAGCUCCCUCUGCAGUGCUCCAGAAUUUGAAAGCUCAGUGCUCAGUUUCCUACAACCAGAUCACAACCUUUAAUGAAGUUCAGUUUAACUACACGAUGCCAGCAAACUGCUACCACAUCUUGGCUCAGGAUUGCAGCUCUGACCUUAAGUUCCUGGUGAUGAUGAGGAAUGCUGAAGAAGCUGUGAAUCUAAAAGCAAUCAACAUCAAGCUUGGCAUUCAUGACAUUGAUAUGCGUCCUGCAAACGGACGGGUGAAGCUGCUGGUAGACGGAGUUGAAAGCCCCAUGACAAAUGUUUCAUACACAUCUGCUGGUGCUUCUCUGUGGAUCCACAGUGAAAAUCAAGGGCUUGUACUUCUCGCCCCAGCCUAUGGCAUUGAUAAAUUGUACUUUGAUGGAUACACAUUCAGGAUUCAAGUUGCUUUAUGGAUGGCAGGGAAAAUGUGUGGAAUAUGUGGAAAAUAUGAUGCUGAAUGUGAAGAGGAAUUUCGGAUGCCCAACGGAUAUGUAGCUAAAAAUGCAGUGAGCUUUGGGCAUUCUUGGAUUUUGGAAGAAAAGCCUUGUAGAGGAGUCUGCAAACUGCGACGCUCAUUUGUGAAGCUUGAGAAGACAGUUCAGCUCGCAGGUGUAGAGUCCAAGUGCUAUUCCACAGAGCCAGUGCUGCGCUGUAUGAAAGGAUGCUCUGCCACCAAGACUACUCCAGUCAGUGUUGGCUUCCACUGUCUCCCUGCUGAUUCAGCUACCAGCCUGACAGACAAACAGACGAAGUUUGACCAGAAGUCAGAGGAUAUGCAGGACACUGUUGAUGCACACAUAGCAUGUUCUUGUGAGGACGAAGACUGCAGUGCGUGAAGCUGUACAUUGCAGCAUGGGAAAAACCAGAAACACUUUCAUGUUUUUAUUAUAUGGUGUAAAAAGCCUCAGCUAAAGGAAUAAUAGAGACACUAAAUUGUUUGAGGAUGUGUGGAAUCUUCUCAAGUAAUUUAAAGUAUUAAACUUAAUUAUUGUAGAAACUGUUAUGA